AUGCAGUUUUUAUUGCUCUGCUGUUAUAAAAGCAGGUGAGGACUUUACUUCACUGCAGUUAUUGAGAAAUCAUAAAACGAAACUAAGAUACCUCUUCAGAUCCACAAUCAAUUGACCUGAAAGCAUCCUGCAAAAAGUCCAGAGGAAGAAGAGCCAUGGACUACUACAGAAAACAUGCAGUUGUCAUUCUGGCCAUGCUGUGUGUGUUUCUGCAUAUUCUCCAUUCCUUUCCUGAUGAAGAGUUUACAAUACAGGUUUGUCCAGAAUGCAAGCUAAAGGAAAACAAAUACUUCUCCAAGCCGGGUGCCCCAAUUUAUCAGUGUAUGGGCUGCUGCUUCUCCAGAGCAUAUCCCACUCCAGCAAGGUCCAAGAAGACAAUGUUGGUCCCAAAGAACAUCACCUCAGAAGCCUCAUGCUGUGUGGCCAAAGCAUUUACCAAGGUCAACGUCAUGGGAAGUGUCAAGGUGGAGAACCACACAGCAUGCCACUGCAGUACUUGCUAUUAUCACAAAUCUUAAAUAUUUUGCAAAGUGCCGUGUUGAUGACUACUGAGUUCCUGGAAUGAAAAAUUAGUUUGUUCAGUGUUUAUGGCUUUGUGAGAUAAAACCCUUCUUUUCCUUACCAUACCACUUUUGACAUGCUUCAAGGAUAUACUGUAGCUUUAUUGCUUUUCUGUAUCCUACAACAUAGUCAGCAGUUAGUUCUUUUCAUUUGGAAUGAAAUAUAGCAUUUGGCACAACUAUAAAAAGCUGGUUCUGCUGGAAAUAAAGUCUUUUAAAUCA